AUGGAUGCCAAGAACACCAAUGAUGUUGCAACCAAGAACUCUGCAGGUGCGAGCAGCGGAAGCGGUGGUUCCGGUGUUGUUUCCGAUGUCAGUAAAACAAUGGUCGCACCUGGAUCUGGCGGAGAUGUACGCAUCUCGAGGGAUGCUUUUGAGAACAAUCCUAAGAAGUUCUUCGAUGAUCUUCACACCAAAGAGAAGAAGUGA